AUGUUCCCAGGUCUGCUCGUCUGUUUCCAAGGAUUGCUUGCAUCUAUUCGCAUCAAUUCGCAUCAAUCCGACCACUUUGGUUUCGGUUACUCUUGCGUGGGCCUUGAUUGAAUUGGGUUUGUGAGUGAUUGGAAGGGCAGGUGGUUUUUUCUUUCUCUGAUCAGUUUGAAUUGGACAAAGAGUCACAUGGAGAGAGGUGGAAAAGGAGCACGGAAGUGGGCCGUCGAGCUUCACGAUGCUGCGCACUCCUCCUCUUCUAAAGACCUCCCUCCCGAUCCUCUAGGAUUCUCGCGCUCUAUGACUGAUCCGGAAGAGACCGUCUCUGGGAAGCAGAAGAAGGAGAAUGAGGCAUCGUGGAAACAACAUAAAGCAUGGGAGGCAGCUCAAGCUCCUGUGAAGAAUCUCUUGAUGAUGGGGUUUAUGAUGUGGAUGGCUGGAAGCACCGUUCAUCUCUUCAGUAUCGGCAUUACCUUUUCUGCGUUGUGGCAACCAGUUAGCGCUCUUCAGAGCAUUGGCAAAGUUUUUGAACCUUUUCAGGACGCCAAUACUAGUCUCUUGUUACCAAAGGUUGCAUUUACUGCACUGAACCUAGCAGCUAUGGGACUUGGUCUAUGGAAGUUGAACACUUUAGGUCUCCUACCUACUCAUGCCUCCGAUUGGUUAUCCAAUCUUGCACCUCCUCAGUCCGUGGAGUUUUCAGGAGGUGGAUCAUCGAUUCUCUUGUAGCAGGGUUUUGGUUUUUUUGAAUCCCGGCUAGUGAAGUUAUCUCAGCCUUAGCACAAGAUAGACUCUUUUUCAGAUGUUGCACGCUUGGAAAUGGCUCUCAUUUAUCGUUCAAAAUUAAAAUGCGUCAUUCAAACUGAAGUUUCGCAGACACAACUGAUUGGUUUAAUGAUGGCUUAUGUUUUGGAAUCAAUCAACUACUCUUUGUGUA